GCGUUCUUGUCGUACAGUAUCCCCGCGCAGUUCGUCGACGCGUUGUUGUGUGAGACUCACUGAGAGCCACUCAUCAGUCUUUGUUGCUCAGCCCGCAGAGACUUUAACUCACUCUUGGAUUCCCUUUUUGCUGCGCUACGCGGGACUUUCUCAGUCGCGUCCAGCGUAGCAUUUUCGCCGUAAGAACUAGCCCCAGGGUUGUGAGUAACCAGCAAUACUCGCGGUGCCUUGUGGAAGGGGAGAAGGAAGGAAGGCAGCUGGCGGGGAUUCAGCGUUCCCAAGUGUAGGCUGCAGUUGUGAACCUGGGUGGACCAUCGUCCGACGCCUCUGCCCUGAGCUUUUCGUUUCGUUCGGUCGCGGGGCUCCUCGGCCAAGUGAAGCAGCUUCAAGCUCUUCACAAAGAAAAGGGCGGCGGUUCUCGGCGGAAGACGACGCCUCGACGUGCAUAACAAAGUCUCGUGAAGCUUGAAAGCUCAAGCAAGAUCAAACUUGACGCUCGACUUCGGAGCACAGGACCUUUACUUCCCAAGCCGCGAGCAAACGCGUGAGUGGGGGCUUGGCUUCCUCUUCCAGCUGGCUUACAAGCCGUUCCAGGCGCAACACCUGCUGGCGUAAGUCACUUACACUUGCGCGUGGUUUGCUCGUGUUUGAAAUCCUCAACACCGCACACAGGCAGACUGUCACAUCAUCGUUAAGGCCGAAGCAGGCAGGGAAAUCGGCGUUCAAAUGGAGCGUCGAGAACAGGGCGAAGACGCCCAACAGGCAACAGGAGAAACAGGAAACCAGGACGUGACCACGAUGACGCCUACACGCGGCGUUAAGCGCGACUCUGGCAGUGCAGCCGAGCAACAGGUUACAGCAUCGACGGAGGAGAACUGGAGUGCACUUAGCAACCUUCGCGUCGCAAGCGAGAGCAGUGAAGAGACUGUAGCUCAGACACCGGCGCAGCCCCGCUCAACCGGCUCCGACAGCAGUAGGCAUAAAGUUAGACGAACGAACAGCUACGCGAACCCGUCGACACCUCAGGACGACGGCAGCUUCAGUAAAUCCUCACUAAGUUUCAUUCUGGACGACCAGGCUGCGUCUGCGGCAGCCGCUGGUGACGACAUAUUCGGAGACAAACGGGCCGCUGCUUUAAUCGCGAGAAGCAGAAGCACAGGAGAUUUAACUGGAGACGCAAUCGCGGCGGCUACGGGUCGUGCUGGUCGCGCUGGUGGCAAACAAAGCGCCGAUGGAAAGCGUCGGGCACGGAGACCACCCAGUCGUAUCUGCAAACAUGAAGGUUGCGAGCAGUACGUGGUGGACCAGGGACUGUGCGUCCGCCAUGGAGGUGGUAAACGAUGCCAGGCUCCGGGCUGCACCAGUCGAGCGAAACACCAAGGCCGAUGUUGGAAACAUGGUGGUUCGACCGAAUGCAAGGUUCCGAGCUGCAUCAACCGCGCCAAGUCGCGCGGUUUUUGCUGGUCUCAUGGCGGUGGCACAAAGUGCAAGACCGACAAUUGCGAGAAGAUCGCAAUUUCCAACGGGCUGUGCUGGGCCCACGGUGGCGGUACGUCCUUUGUUCAGUUUUUUAUUUUGUUUUCGGGUUGCGAGAAAUUAUAACCUUCUGGAUCGCAUGCAGGCAAACGCUGUGCGGUCGAAGGUUGCAUGCGCCAGGCAUAUGAACGCACCGACAACCUGUGCAACAACCACUACCAGGAGCGACAGCAUGGCACGGCAGCCGUCGAAGCGAGUGAAGAGGUCGCGGGGCCCACGAUCUUGCAGUUGGACGACGAGGAAAAGCCGCCGGCACCGCCAGCGGACCAAUAACUAAAUGUUUGGGCAAAUCCCACGACGCCGCGUUAAAGGACAACGGACGGAUGCAAGUCGCCAAAAAUCCUACGACGAGCAGCACGGGUAACACGUUGAAGUAGAUCAGUUAUAGAGUCUGGAACGUCACAAAAGAUCAAUGGUUCACGAAUGAGCAACAGCAAAUCCCAAUUCCGACGUUUAAGUCGAAGUAGGAUUGACACCACGACACGGUCCAACAUUUUCUCUGUUCGUGACGCGCCGAUCGUGUGAAUUCAUUUCGUGCGUUUAGCUGUCUUUCUGCUACAUUUUAAUGGACGUCUAUGCGAGCCAACGUUGAAGGGCGGUGUUCAUGCGGCCAGACUCUGGCCCAGAGCUCGUCGAGGAGGCGAUUCGUCGAGCUGACUCAACGCGCGUUAGGGAUUUGCUCCGUCCACAUCGGCAUAAGGACGACAAUCGAUUGCUCAAAGGUUAUUAGUGGCUUUAUCAAUAACGCACAAGUCUAACUUGUGCACCAUGAUUGUAUUUUUUUUCUUAUUAAAUAUCAAAGAUAUCGUACCAUUAAAUAAAUAUGGUUGCCAGAAAUUGACACAAAAGCUCG